AUGAAGGCUCUGCUGGCAGCCCGGCGGCGUCGCCGCUCACACCUUCCCCUCUCCUCUCUCUCUUCCAGGAUCCCGUUCAAGAUCGGGCAGCCCAAGAAACAGAUUGUACCCAAGACAGUGGAGAGAGACUUUGAAAGGGAAUAUGGAAAGCUGCAGCAAUUGGAAGAUCAGACCAAAAAACUUCAGAAGGAUAUGAAGAAAAGCACAGAUGCAGACUUGGCCAUGUCCAAGUCUGCCGUGAAAAUCUCCUCGGACCUGCUGUCGAACCCGCUGUGCGAGCAGGAGCCGGCGUUCCUGGAGAUGGUCACGGCCUUUGACACGGCCAUGAAGAGGAUGGACUCCUUCAACCAGGAGAAGGUGAAUCAGAUCCAAAAGACAGUCAUAGAGCCUCUGAAAAAGUUCAGCAGCGUGUUCCCCAGCCUGAACAUGGCGGUGAAGAGGCGGGAACAGACGCUCCAGGACUACAAGCGCCUGCAAUCCAAGGUGGAAAAAUACGAGGAGAAGGAGAGGACCGGCCCCGUCCUGGCCAAGCUGCACCAGGCCCGGGAGGAGCUGCGCCCGGUGAAGGAGGACUUUGAAGCCAAAAACAAGCAGCUCCUGGAGGAAAUGCCCAAAUUUUACAGCAGCCGCAUCGAUUACUUCAAACCCAGCUUUGAGUCUCUGGUCCGGGCACAGGUUGUGUAUUACACGGAGAUGCACAAGAUUUUUGGGGACCUGACGGCGCAGAUCGACCGGCCCGGGCUGAGCGAUGAGCAGCGGGAGAGGGAGAACGACGCCAAGCUGAGCGAGCUCCGGGCGCUCUCCAUCGUGGCUGAUGACUGAGGGGAGGAGGGGGGUGGCCCCCCUCGACCCCAGCUCCCAGCCCAGGGGUGGAUUUGGGGCGCUGGAACUGCUCCCUUUGCCGCAUGGAUCCCUCCU